UCGGUAUCGAACCGUCUCGCCGCGCGGUUAGUCGCGAUGGGCCGAUUGAGUGUCGUUUGAAUGUAUGUACGUGACAAGAGGAUCGAGCAAUUUUUAACGACUAACAGAUGGCAUGGGCGCUUGGAUCCUUUGUAUUGGGUAUUUGUAGAAAACGGUGAAGAAACCAAUUAAUUGGUUGAUGCCAAUACCGUUCAACGAAUUAAGAUUAAGAUAGCAAAAAUGGAGGGCAGCGCAUGCCAGAGCAAGAAACAAAUCCGUGUUGGAUUCUAUGACAUCGAAGGAACCAUUGGCAAGGGUAACUUUGCUGUGGUCAAGUUAGCUCGUCAUCGAAUCACCAAAACAGAGGUAGCAAUCAAGAUAAUAGAUAAGACCCAAUUGGACUCGACAAAUCUGGAGAAGGUGUACCGUGAAGUUGAGAUAAUGAAGCAAUUAGAACACCCACAUAUUGUCAAGCUUUAUCAAGUUAUGGAGACUAAGAAUAUGAUCUACAUGGUAUGUGAAUAUGCAAGCAGGGGUGAAAUAUUUGAUUACAUAGCCCGUUAUGGUAGAAUGGGAGAACCACGAGCACGAGCAACUUUUACACAAAUCCUGUCUGCAGUUGAGUACUGUCAUGCGAUAGGAGUAGCACACCGUGAUUUGAAGGCUGAGAAUUUGCUUCUGGAUGCCCAAAUGAACGUCAAAAUUGCAGACUUUGGAUUCAGUAAUAGAUUUUCACCCGGGGAACGACUAAGUACAUGGUGUGGUAGUCCACCUUAUGCUGCGCCAGAAGUAUUUCGUGGAAAACACUACGCCGGCCCAGAAAUUGAUGUCUGGAGCUUGGGAGUAGUGUUGUAUGUGUUGGUUUGCGGUGCUCUUCCAUUUGACGGAUCUACAUUACAAUCCUUACGAGAUCGUGUACUGAGCGGAAGAUUUCGUAUUCCAUAUUUCAUGAGCACAGAUUGCGAGAACCUGAUACGUAAGAUGCUGGUAUUGGAGCCGGGAAAGCGAUAUACGAUUCCUCAAAUAAAGAGACAUCAUUGGAUGUCUGGCAUUGUGGAUGCGAAUGAUGUAGAGCUGCCUGGUAUUGCAACAGUAACGACAACGCAAACUGUUCAAGAGCCUAAUGAACAAAUUUUGAGACUCAUGCACAGCCUUGGAAUUGAUGUGACUCGUACCAGAGAGUCACUCAGAAACAACAGCUAUGACCAUCACGCAGCCAUCUACUUUUUACUGUUGGAGAAGUUGAAACAGCAUCGCAGUACAAAUGUUAGUAACAACACCAGUUGCUGGCCUACAGCAGGUCGUGGAACAGAAGAGAAGUUUAAAUCGAGAACCAGAGAAGAUGCUAGCAGGGCUGGGAAGAGGUUUAGUUCAACGAGUUCUUCUACGGACGAGGGUUGCUGCAGCGCAGAGGGAGAUUUGGAAGAAGGACCAAGUGGUGACGAGCUGAGAGAAGCUCAAAUAAAAUUAGAAGAACACCGACUCGGCCUUGAUCGAGAUAUAAGUCAACGAAUAGACAGUCAAAUGGUCAAUCGGAGGCUGAGCGAUUAUCAGCAACAUCAUUUUGAUAGUCCUCCUACAGACCCUCCAAAUCAUACAUCCUUAUUUACCGGUGAAGGCAGUUCAUCGUCGGAUUUAUUUGAAUCAAGUUUUGACUCCGGAUGCCCUCCAGAUUUCACUGCUACAGGAUGCUUUACUAGCAGUUUACCAUCAUGUACUCCGCCGCCCCCUAAAAGUCCUUCGCUGGUAGCAGCAAGAAUAUCAAGAGUAUCUCAAGGACGCCGAGCCUCUGAUGGAGGUCCAAGGUUAUUGUUUUGCCCACAAGGAGGAGGCGAUCGAUCGGCAAAGCAGCGCAGUAUUCAAGAUUCUGGGAAAGCCCGAGGACAUCUAGACCUGGUUCAUUUGAGACCACCGGUAACCCCAACACAGGCCCAGCCACAAUUUAAAAUCCGUGCUGAUUCUGGGACGCAGUUGCAGCUGCUUGUUCAACAAAGAAUGUUGCAGCAGAAGCGAAACUUGUAUCAUCGCCAGCGAGGUGGUGGCAGUCCGACACCAACGCCUGCUACACCUGGUGCAGGAAAUAGACGAAGAGAUCAUGUGCCCAGACAAGAUAGCUAUAAGAUGGCCCAACGUACACAAAUCCUACCACCCUUAUCCAUGAGCCAUGGAGAUGGGGAACUCGAGAGGGAUAGAGAUGAAGAAAGGUGGAAGAGUUUGCCCUCUAGAUUAGCUGCCGACUGCCAAUUAGCCGAGAGAACGCUCCUAUGGAGCCAGCAGGUAGGACUGGGUGGAGGGGCUUCAUAUCUGCCCCCUGGCGGAGUGGGAGGCUUUUUGUGGCCCAGCGGCACCAGUCCCCACUCAACAAUAUUUGAAAACGCCGGAGACCCUAUGGAAUGAACACCCUGUGUACUACAUACUAAUCCAGACAUGCGUUUUUGAUAUGUAUUAUACAGCUCUGCGGCAAACCAAACGUUCAUUUAUUGUCCUAAAAAAAGCUACGGCCUUUUUUGUGAAUAUGAUACAUAUCUUAAAUGGUUUCGUUAAAUUGUAUCCUGUGUUAAUCAAAAC